CCAAACAUGUAAAAUCCAAAUGGAAAAUUUCGCCUACCCAGUUGAUGACGUGAUAUUCACCUGGGCAAAAAAUCCGGUACAUGUCAGUACUCAAGAUACAUACCUACCGGAGUUUGAACUAACUGGGGUCAAUGCAAAAGAAUGCAAAGCAGUUUACCCAAUAGGUACUUACGCCUGCUUGUAUGCCACAGUGGAGAUUCAGCGCGACAUACGUUUUUUUCUUCUCAACAUUUACGCCCCAAGCAUGGUUGUCGUCAUGUUGUCCUUCCUCAGCUUUUGGAUCGACCCAAACUCCGCCCCUGCCCGGGUAGCCAUCUGCGUCAUCACAGUUUUGACGAUCGUCACCCAGAUAGUGUCUCUGCAGUCUCGCUUGCCCAGGGUCUCGUACGUGAAGGCUAUGGACACGUGGCUUUGUGCCUGCCUUUGUUUUUCAAUGGGAUCUAUGUUGGAAUAUGCCCUCGUCAGCGUGUUUUUACAGAAGGAGAUCUUGAAAGCUAAGGACCGUAAAAAAGAAAAUCAGACUAAGCACGAAGAAACGUUUUGUCUACUAACCAAAGAAGAAGAAAGCGCACUGAACAACAAAUCUCUGGACAAACGGAAACAAACACUGUGGUGUGUGGUAAAGAGGCAGCUGACGGCACACCGCGUGGAUAAAGUUUCUAAGAUUUUCUUUCCUUUCCUCUUUCUGUUCUUCAACUUAUUAUACUGGGGUAUUUACAUGGUCUUCAAGAUACAUCCUCAGCACGAACACGAUGAAAAUCUUUAAAGAACGUUCAGCCCUGCCUCUCCAGCAGUGAUAUAGUGCGGGUCUCUUCGUGUUUAUACAUUUUUAGGUGAUGGUGAUUAUCGUGCUGUGAUCUCUAACAAAGUAACUGUAGAAAUAUUUAAUAAAACAUUCUGUGAAUUAGAAUGUAUUCGACUAAAUUUUAAGCGAAAUAAUGGACACACGUUUAGAACAUUAAGAAAAAACUGUCGGAACGAGAAAGUUUUAAGGUGCAGCGUGAAGUAAAAUACAAACAUUAUUGUCAUGUUGGAUAUUAGGCCUUCUAGGUCUAUAUAUGCAGUGUAAACUCAGUCCAUACUCAGGGACAGUGUGGUCAUUUGUUAACGAGGUGAU